AUGGAUUUCCAAAUAUUUUCGUUAUUCGCGAUUUUUUUGAUAAAUUCGACGACCGCUUGGCCGUUUGCCUGGCGGAGGAACGCGGAGGACAACGAUUUGGACAGCUCUAAUGAACUACUGACUCACCUGGGGCACUUGGAGGAGAAGAUGUUUGGUGUACCGAGCAAUGAAACUGGGGCGAAAGUGGCUGGAUGGAGCGAGGAGAUGGGAAUUAAUCCGGAGGAGUUGGGCGAAUAUGCAGAGGGUGAUAUACUCUUUCCCCUGGGACUCUCGAGAAAUGGACUUCUUGCGCAGUCUUCACGGUGGCCCGGGGGAGUCAUUCCGUACAUGAUCAGCCCGUACUUCAAUGCCAAUCAGAAAGCAUUAAUCAUGGACGCAAUGAACGAUUACCACCAAAACACAUGCAUUCGAUUCAUCCCCUACGCCGGUGUACAGAGUGAUUACAUUCGCAUAACAGCUGGUAACACCGGUUGUUGGAGUAGCGUUGGGAGGAUAGGUGGUGCACAGGACGUUAAUCUCCAGGUGCCAGGUUGUGUCACGAAAAAAGGCACUGUUAUUCACGAAUUGAUGCACGCAGUGGGCUUCCUCCACGAGCAGAGUCGCUUCGAACGAGAUCAGUUUGUGUCCAUCAACUGGCAGAACAUCAUGCCGGGUCGCACCGGGAACUUUGAUAAAGCAUCGAAAGGCACAACUGACGGGUUCGGAGUGGGAUACGAUUAUGGGAGCGUCAUGCAUUAUUCUGGAAACGCUUUUUCCGUCAAUGGACGACCAACGAUUGUUCCUAAGGAAGGGAAUGGCCUUUUGGAUCUCAUUGGCGAAGUAUUCCAGGGGAGAACGAAUACUAUGCUUGGGCAACGCGAGGGAUUCAGUAGACGGGACAUCCAGAAGAUAAGGAGGAUGUACAGGUGCAGCAAACGUCGACGAAGUUACAAUUAAUUAUUGACACGAGAUGGCUCAUCGGUGAUUCUAGGCGUUGGAACAGCUGGGGAACUGUACCAAGGGCCUGGGCUAUGCUAAAUCCCCUUUUCGAAUCAUCGAGUGAAGCGUGUGGUGAUAGCUGGCCCUUGGAAUUCCCU